AUGGGCGAUAUUGAAACCAACGGCACCGAUUACGAAUAUGAUGAGGAUUAUACAGACGAGGUCUGUGACAAGGCCGGCGUUGUCAAGUUUGGUUCCAUCGCCACCCCUGCUUUCUUCUCUGUGGUGACUAUCCUGAGUCUAGCGGGCAACAUCCUGGUCCUGGUCAUCCUUGCCAAGUACGAGAACCUCAAGUCUCUCACCAACAUCUUCAUCCUCAACUUGGCCCUAUCUGACCUGGUUUUCACCUUUGGUCUGCCCUUCUGGGCAGCCUACCACAUCUGGGGCUGGACCUUUAGCAGGAUCCUCUGCAAGACCGUCACCUUUGUCUUCUACGCUGGCUUCUACAGCAGCGUUUUGUUCCUGACCAUCAUGACUAUCCACCGCUACCUGGCCGUGGUGCAUCCUCUGUCCGACCAUGGUUCCCAAAGGGGCUGCUAUGGGGUCACAGUCUCUCUCGUCAUCUGGGUUGUUAGUUUUGGGGCGGCCGUCCCUGCUUUGAUUUUCAGCUCUGUCCAAGAGAACCCCCAUGAAGGAGACAUCCAUUUUUACUGUGAAUACUGGGAUCCGCUGUGGAAGAGAGUGGGCAGCUACCAACAGAACAUCUUCUUCUUGGCUGCUUUUGCAGUGAUCGGGUUCUGCUACGUGAGGAUAUUGAGGACAAUCUUCAAGUCAAGGUCACACAUGAGGAAUCGAACCGUGAAGCUGAUCUUCAGUCUAGUGGCAGUAUUUUUCCUUGGCUGGGCGCCUUACAACGUGGUGAUAUUUCUGAGGUUGUUGCAUGACUACUCCGUAGCACCUUUCAAUACUUGUGAGGUCAGCACAUGGCUUGACUAUGGGUUCUAUGUGUGUCGACUGAUUGCUUUCUCCCACUGCUGUCUCAACCCUGUCUUCUACGCAUUUGUUGGGAUUAAGUUCAGAAAUCACUUGAAGGUGAUCUUGCUGAAGCUUUGCCAUCGCCAAAGCACCAUGGAUACACAACAGAUUAGAUUACCUAACAUAUACUCGAUGGGAUCAAUGUACUAGCGCAGGGGUCUUCAACCUUUUCUUGACCAGGGACCCACGCCAGGCAAACCGGCGACCCAUCAUAUGUUAGCAAAAAAAGAAAAUCACAUC